UCUACAGGAAGAGGAUCCUCUCAACAUGGCCGCCGCCUGCUAACUGGGAGCUGUCUGAAGCUGUCCUCCAUCAUGGCCCACUGUCUGCUGUCCGUUAACGAGUUCAUCCAGGACUCGUUUGUCCCGAUGAUAGCCGUGUUAGGCAGCAGCGAAGCGGAGAGAGUCUGCCGGAAGAACAGCUUGAAUUUAGCCGAGCUGCUGAGGCCCUUCUGCCGCCUGACAUCUGAAGGUCACAUCAGGGAUCCCAACAAUCAGCUGCAGACGGUGAAAAACCUGCGGAUCUGCAUCAACAACAUAGAAACGUCCACUGGCCAAGGCUCCGCCCACAACCGGCUGCUCAGUGAGGUGGUGCUCUCCUGUCAGCCACAGGAGGGCGCUGCAGCCACCGUCAUCAGAACCGCAGAAUAUCAUUUGAACCUAGGCGGGACCACGCCCUGGUUCGAGGCCUACAGGGAGGCCUUCCUGCAGACCAUGCCUCCCUCUGACCAUGAGUUCCUCCAUCACUACCUGGCCUGCCUGCUGGUGGUGUCGUCCUCCGAGGCGGUCCCGGUGGAGCAGUUCCUGAAGCUGUCCCAGGAGCAGCACAGGAUCCAGCACAGCGGGGAGUACUCCUGCCCAAAGUGGUUCAUCCCCAACACUCUCAAGUACUACGUGUUGCUGCACGACCUGAGCGAGGGAGAUGAGCAGAGAUGCUCCUCUGAUGCUCCUCAGCUGGUUUCCAGGAAAGGCCUGAGCCGCUCUCUGUUCACGGCGACUAAGAAGUGGUUUGGUGGAGGAAAAGUCCCAGAAAAAGGCGUCAUUGAACCAAAGAGCACUCUGGGCCUUCAGUACCCCCCCGAAGCUCCUGAGCUGCAGAUCAGGAAGAUGGCCGACCUUUGCUUCCUGGUUCAGCACUAUGAGCUGGCCUACAGCUGUUACCACACCGCCAAGAAGGACUUCCUGUCGGACCAGGCCAUGCUGUACGCGGCGGGGGCACUGGAAAUGGCGGCGGUGUCGUCCUUUCUGCAGGGUGGAGCCCAGAGGCCGUAUCCAGCCCACUACAUGGACACUGCAAUCCAGACAUACAGAGAUGUCUGCAAGAACAUGGUGCUGGCGGAGCGCUGUGCCCUGCUCAGCGCAGAGAUCCUGAAGAGUCAGGGGAAAUACUCUGAGGCUGCAACCCUUCUGAUUAAGAUGACCAGUGAGGACUCUGACCUGCGCAGCGCUCUGCUGUUGGAACAGGCCGCCCAUUGCUUCAUCAACAUGCGGAACCCAAUGGUGCGGAAGUUUGCCUUCCAUAUGAUCCUGGCUGGUCAUCGCUUCAGCAAAGCUGGACAGAGGAAACACGCGCUGCGCUGUUACAGUCAGGCCAUGCAGGUCUACCAGGACCGGGGCUGGUCUCUGGCAGAGGACCACAUCAACUUCACCAUCGGCCGGCAGUCCUUCACCCUGGGCCAACCGGACAGCGCGCUGCUGGCCUUCAGACAGAUCCUGAUCAACGACAGCAGGCAGACCGCCACGCAGCAGGCCGCCUUCCUCAGAGAGUACCUGUACGUGGUGAAGAGUCUCCUCGGGGGAACGGACAGCCGCCUCCCUGAGCUCCCGCUGCCCUACAUCCACAGCGCUGCUACCAGGGUCUACUUUGGACAUGAGCGCCGCCUCGCAGAAGGAGAGAAGCAGGCAGCCACCCACGUCUCGUUGGACCAGGAGUACGACCAGGAGCUGUCCCUCCUCUGGUGCCGGCUGGAGGAGCAGCUGGUGGCCUCAGCCAAUCAGGGAGUUCUUCCAAACACCUUCCAGCCGACCCAGUGCUGCCUGAACCACCAGACCGACAACCUCCAUCACCCGCUGGCUGUGGUCCAGGAGCCGAUCAUCGUGGAGGUGACGCUCAGGAACCCCCUGAAGGUGGCGCUGCUUCUGUCCGACCUCUCCCUCCUCUGGAGGUUCACCGCCGACGCGCCUUCGGGAGAGGAGGUGACCGUCGCCAGUGACGAUGCGGCAGCAGGCCAGCAGAGGGACGAGCCGGUGACGACAGAGACCAUCAGAGAGUUCUACCUGGGGCCAGAGGAGACCAAGACGGCCCGACUGAAGCUGCUGCCACACAGAACAGGUCAGCUGAACAUCGUGGCAGUCGUCUACAACCUGACGUCGUCCCACUUUGGGGAACCGUCCUCAGACCCUGAAGGGCAGCAGACGUCAGAGUCCAUGAUGGUCCGAGGCAGGCAGGACCUGAAGAUCCAGGGUCCACGGCUGAACCUGACCAAGGAAGACAAGAUGCUGGUCCGACAUGGUCCAGAUCGCCGCCUGGAGCCCAUCAUCACGCCCCCUAUGCCCCUGAUGGAGGUGUUCUUCCUGCAGUUCCCCACCGCUCUGCUGUGUGGUGAGAUCAAAAAAGCUUACGUGGAGUUCUGUAACGUCAGCGCAGUAGCUCUGUGCGGCCUCCGGGUGGCGUCCACGCACCCUGACUUCUUCACGUUCGGCAGCCAGGACGCCGCCACCCCGCCGAGCCCAGCCUCCUCUGAGAACUGCUCGGCUUACGUCACCGUUCCCGCACCCCCCCAGCCAGGAGCCCCGGCCCCCGAGACGCUGGUGUCCGCCCCUGACUUCAGCCAGGCCUCCGGGGUGAUGGAGAUCCCCAUCCGAGGCGGCACGCUGCAGCCAGGGGAGUCCGUACAGCUGCCUCUGUGGCUCCGAGGACCAGACCAGGAAGGAGUCCAUGAAAUCAACUUCCUGUUCUACUAUGAGAGCCCAGAGAAAAACCUCAGAAGCAGGUGA